AUGGCAAACCAAAAAAUACAAAUUCAUCAUUUUAAACAAAGACAAAAAAAGCUUAAUGAACUACUUUAUGAUGAUAAAUCGCUUUUUCUAAUCACUCCAUUACAAGUCCUGAUAUUAUCCUUGAUUUUUAUUGCAAAUGUAUUCGUCUUACAUAUAGUUUCCAGAUUUAUUCCUACUACCACUGCACCACAAGUAGCACUAUCUAUCAUUGUUGUUGUGUUUUCUGUAUUCUUCUCGUAUUUUUUAAAUAAAAACAAGUAA